CACGCCCAGCGGAUCUUUCCGCGGUGCUUCACUCGCAUCAAGACGCCGACGAGCGAUCGCGUUCGACACCCACGCGUCGCUAAACCCGAGCCGACAACCCGAGCCGAGCCAACAAAAAUCCCACGUCGCCCCGACCAACCCGAAAGUUCGAGCCGAGGGGGCCAUGGCGGGCGCGUCGUGCCAGCAGACGGCCGCCGUGCUGAGGCUGCAGUCCGACCUGAAGGCCAUCAAGACCGAGCCUCCUGACGGAUGCAGCGCGAGCCCCCACAGCGACGAUAACCUGUUCGUCUGGAGCGCCACCAUCUUCGGCCCCGACGAGACAGCCUGGGAAGGCGGCGUGUUCUCACUGCGAAUGACGUUCGGCGAGCAGUACCCCGAGAAACCCCCGCGAGUCAGGUUCACGUCCGAGGUGUUCCACCCCAACGUGUACUCUGACGGGACGCUCUGCAUGGACAUCAUUCAGGACCAGUGGUCGCCCAUUCACAACGUGUGCACCCUGCUCACGUCGAUCCAGUCGCUGCUCACCGACCCGAACCCGAGCUCGCCCGCGAACCCGGAGGCUGCACAGUUGUUCCAGGAGGACCCGAGCCAGUACAACAGGCGCGUUCGAAGGCUGGCGCAGAAGACGAUCGAGGGGUGACGCGAGUCUCGCGCUGACACGCCGUGUCGGAUUUUUGUUUGGGAUUUUUCUCGGGCGCCGUCGCCUUUCAGGGGUGGAGAGGGAAGUUAAAUGGGCACGCGCGUCGUGUGUGUUUGUACGAGCGGUCUCCGACCGCCACGCGUGGGAACAGUCACUGUUCCUACGGUGUAGUUUUAAUCGGCUAGAAUAGCCUGUCAAUCAAACGCGGAACAGAUGCUAGUCU